UCCCCGAAAGAUCCAUUUUACUGCGCACGGGACGGAAGCAGACCGAAGAACGGUGGAAGUGUUAAAACGAAAACAUACUUUUUUUAUCGAAGAAAACAGCUAUCUUACGAUUGACAAUAUGUACAAGUUAAGUUUUUUGUUUUUUGUGGCGAUGGGAUAUAUUGUUCAGAACCAAUGCGAGAGAUACUCACUGAACUACAUCUACACUGCCCUGUCAAAGCCGGUUGAAUUGCCUGGUAUCCAUGAGUUCACUGCCAUGGGCCUGAUGAAUGACAGACAGAUUGACUACUAUGACAGUGAUGUCAAGCAGAAGAUUCCCAAACAGGGUUGGAUGAAGGAGAAGCUGCCACCAGACUACUGGGAAAAAGGCACUCAGUCCCGUAAAAGCAAGGAGCAGUGGUUCAAAGUCAACGUCAACAUCCUGAUGGAACGUAUGAGACACAACAACACUGAUGUCCAUAUUCUUCAGUGGAAGCAUGGCUGUGAGAUAGACGAACAGAAUAAUGGCACAAUGAGAUUCAUAAAGGGCACUGACCAGUACAGCUAUGAUGGUGAUGACUUCCUGUCCUUUGAUGAUGCCACUAGUCAGUGGGUGGCCCCAGUUGAUCAAGCUCAGCUGACCAAGAGGAAGUGGGACGGGGUACAGAUCCUGAACCAGUACACCAAGGGUUACCUGGAGAAGGAGUGUGUGGACUGGCUGUCCAAAUUCAUGUCAUAUGGAGAACAAGAACUAAAGAAGGCCUCCCCUCCAAAAGUCUAUGCAUUUGCUAAAAAGGCCAGAACUGAGGGACAUGUUCGACUGACCUGUAUGGCAACAGGUUUCUAUCCCAAAGAUGUGGAAAUGCAGAUUAGGAAGAAUGGUGUCCCAUUGACCAAAGAUGAUGGAGUCCAUUCUGAAGGAGUCCUACCCAAUAAUGACGAGACCUACCAGAUCAGGAAGAGUGUGCAGAUCCCAGAGGCAGACACAAAUGAUUAUGAAUGCCAUGUUGACCACAGAACACUGACAGAGCCCCAGGUGGUAAAAUGGGAUGGAAAGUGCUGUGAUUGUAGCUCAUCCAAAGGUGUUAUCAUUGGUUCUAUUGUUGGUGUGGUGGUGGUCGUCCUUCUCAUCAUAUUGAUUGUGGUUCUGUGGAAGAGGUUAAGAGAUAAUGGAAGUCGACCCUGGUCCCCGGUCUCUCAAAAUGGAAAUAUAAAUGGAGGGACCAACACCCCAGUCUAUGCAAAUGGAGGGACCGGCACCCCAGCAUAAUGUGUGAUGGAAAGAACCAGAAAAUUCUGCCUAAUGGAAGUGGCUAGAUGACCAUUGCCUGCCAACAACCCUAUUAGAAAAAUGGAUGGUCAAUCAUUUUAUACACUUUGCGUUGCUGUCGCUUGCUAAUCAGAUCGAUUCGUAUUCGUGUUUCAAUAACUUUGCUGCAGUGUGUGAUGAAGUGUUUAAUUUCAUGAUUUCUCCUAAGUGUGCUAUUGGGCUUGUCCUUUAAUUUAAAAAUGUUUUAACUGUUACAUUUGUUUUAACUGAUAUUAUUUCAUGGAGUGAUAAAAGACUAGCCCAUGGAUACAGAAGGGGAUAAAUAAUUUUAAUAACACAUUUUGCUAUUGGAUUGAGAUACAAUUGUUGCCGUUUUAAAACAAAUUUCAUACAAUCCAUCUCAUUGGUUAGAGAGAACAUUCAACAGUUUCUAAGGUAGGAUCAGUCAGUUCUAUUCAUUUUGCCAUAGGUUGGUGAGAAUGUAAUUUCAAAGGUAUUAUCUUUCAGUUCUACACAUUUUGUCAUGAGGUAGAGAGAUUUUCCAUGACUGACUGCUCCAUAUUUACACCGUCACAUUUUGUAUACAUUAUGUAUUCCCCCGUACAAAAUACAUUUCAAGAUUUUUUUUCUUUUAAUGACACGGCAUUAGGAAGGAUAGGCUAGGGAGAAAGGAAAGCAGAGGCUGACCGAGGAAGGGCCCAUUUACCAGGGGGCGUGUAUGGGGUGGAGUCAGGAGCCUACACUGUUACACCAGACUUCUGGUACUUUUUUAAAUGCAUUUUAGGAUCCAUGUUAGACAUUGGCUACAUGUUAGUCUUUAUGAAUUUCAAAGGUAUUAUGAAAAAGUGUCUGUCACUUAAAACACUGAGAAGACACAGAGUUAGAAUAUAUUGUCCAGUAGCUACACCGAUCAGCCAUAACAUUAUGACCACUUGCUUAAUAUUGGGUUGGUCUCCCUACUACAGCCAAAACAGCCCUGACUCGUCAAAGCAAUUUGUGCUGUUGUAUCUUACACCAAGAUGUUAGCAGCAGAUAUGCAACAAACUGCGAUGCACUGUAGCUUGUUUGUUGGAUCAGACCACUCAGGCCAGUUUUCUUAGCUUAAUGCAUCUCAAUUUCUGCUAUACUUUUGUAAAAAGUUGUCAAGAAAGGCAAGGUAAUACAGUAGGUCAAUAUUUCAGUAUUUUUCUAGCUAAUUGGGUGCAGUAUACGUCUUUGAUGUGUUUUGGGGGGAUGGUUGUAUGUUUCAUUCAUGUUUUCAUUGUAUUUUAAAUCAUUUCAAAUUAUUUUAGAUAUUGUUUUUACAGUUUUUGCUGCUAAUAAAAUUAUUUCACCCUUCAA